AUAUAAUAGAUUGAGGAUUAAGAACGAUUGACGUGAAAUGAUUAUUUUAUGAGAAUUAAGCCAACAUUAAAAAGAAACACAUUUUUUUGCAGGUUGCGGGAGUUGUAGAGUUGAUCCUCAUAAUAACAACAAAAGAGUAUCUGGUUCAUGGCGAUGAAUCAAGAUACAACUAUGUUUGCAUUGUGUACUUGGUUGGAGCAGCUAUUGUGCAAAUAUUCAACAUUAAUCUCCUGGUUGGUCUCUACAUGAGGAGACCGAGUCAAAUGCGCCCCUGGAUAAUGACAAAGUUCAUCUUCGUCGCCUUGAUUCUGAUCUGGUACUGCAUGACCAAGGUGGCUGCACUCUUCGACCAUGAAUGGAUUGAAACACCUAAUUUGAUUGGCGAUAUUAUUGGGAUUUUCUUCCAAAUGGUCGUCUACAGUCACUACCGAGAAGUUAUCGACCAAGAAAAAAGAGGAAGGAAUGUCAACAGUUCAUCAGAGCUUGCUUGAGAGGGAUUCGCAUCUCUCACAACCAAUCAAAUUUAUUUAUUCUCAUGAUGUUUGUUGAGAACAUAAAUUUUAUAUGAUUAUCUUGUAUGUGAAACAACAAUAUCAAUAUUUUUCAAUUGUGA